UUCUUUUUUAACAAUUAUUUCGUGGAAUUUUAAAUAAAAUAUUGAAUUUUGUUCGAAUUGUCGCAUAAAAAAAAAAAUUGGUGAAAAAGUGCGGCACCGCGCGACCAAACGUUCCAAAACAAAGCGGCGCCGAAAGUGUUAACUAUCUGGAAUUAAGUUAAAGUACCCAAAGACGCACUGUCAGCCAACGGAUUACCUAUGGCCGCAUUACGCGAACGAAAAUAUAUAUUUCUGUAACAAUUGAAGGAAAUUGUUACCAUAUAUUGAUUUUCAAAAGGGGGGGGACUGGUCCCCCUAAUCCCCCCCCUGGGUGCGCCACUGCCCUACUAUCUGUAAGUUAGUCUAUGGUUUAACAGUUUAUGGCUUAGAUUUUAACAAGACAGCAAAUUGAAUGAAGCCACUGCCCUACUAUCUGUAAGUUAGUCUAUGGUUUAACCAUCGUAUACUUAAGAUCGUAGCGCAACUGAAGUCUAUGAAAAACGUCACGGUCCAGUGAUUCUUUACAUACGGCGGUAGCAAACAUAAACAAACCUUAGUAACGCUAACUACACAGACGCGACUGCCGACUGCAAUCAGCUAUACGCGAUCGUAAAAUCAUUAAAUUUAAGGAAGUUGUUGUUACGUAGAAAGAUCUCAGGAUGCCAGCCUCUAACUGUUGUAUGCCUUUGUGCACGUACAACUUUCAAUAUGCUAAAAGACAAUCAAAAGUAAAAAAGAAAGAUCAAGUGAGAUCUAACAGAAUUGGUAAAUCAAGUAGCUGCAAUAACAUUACACUUAUGCAGGAUACCCCAUUUAUGAGCCUGUUUGACAUUAAUUUGAACAGUUACUCAAAGAUGAAGGUGAACUUGGCACGGGAUGUGUUAAGUGAAAAAGUGGGAAAUGCCUUAUUAAGGGUGCCAAAUGCUUCCGGAACCUCAAAGUUUGUUUUAUUAUUUGACAAAUGGUUCAAAAUCAUGACGUGUUCCCCUGCCAACCCUGUAAGGCAUGAGGAUGAUGACCGUCUAAAAUGGCUCACACACACAUUUUUACCCACUUUAUUAUCCUGGAAAGAGGAAGUUUCUAGGAGGAAGGGAACGUGUUUGCUCCGAGCCAAUACCUAAACGUCACAAAAAAUGAGUCACCUUAUCUUGUAUUGUAUUUUACAAAUACACACAAUAUAUAAACAAAAAUAGAAUUACAAAUUUGUGUUUGUUUUCAGUUCUUUUUGUUUUUUUGUCUUAGAAGGUCGCCCCUUAAACCUUUUGAUUGAUAUGUAAUUGGUUUAAAUAAAUCUUGAAAUAGCUUUUUGGUAAAAGUAUGACUUAGGACUGUAACAAACAACGUGGUCAUGUAACCACCAAUUUUUUCACAAAGUUCUUCGUAUAAAUUGCAUUCCUCCGCCAUGUAUCUAACAAAUGAGUCAAAUCCACGUGAUUGUAAAAGUGACUGUUUCACCAUAUUAAAAUUAAUCUCAGUUGG